AUGAAAGUUCAAGGAAAAUCUGUCUCUGAGGCGAAAGCUCAUGAAACAGGAAUUGUUCGGAAUGUAAAUGCCACGAAGGAACUUCCUACUGUUUUGGACAACGAAACAAGAACCUUGUAUGAUCUUUUAGCAAAUGCAGUCAAACGCUAUGGAGACAAGCAUGCUGUAGGUUAUCGAGAUCUAGUUAAGGAGCAUGUGGAAGAGAAGAUGAUUACGAAGGUUGUAAACAAUGAAAAGACAGAAAUCCCAAAGAAGUGGUCGUAUUUUGAGCUUUCUGACUACAAAUACCUUAGCUUCAACCAAUUCUAUGAAAAGACCAUGCGCCUUGCUGGUGGGUUGCGUAAACUUGGUUUGAAAGCAGGUGACAAGUUGGAACUUUAUGCUUCUACUACCGCUUGUUGGUUCAUGAUGGCUCAUGCCGCUAUGUCUCAGUCUAUGUCGAUUAUUACAGCUUAUGAAACUUUGGGUGAGGAAGGUCUUUUGCAUUCUUUACGUGAAACCGGUGUGCAGGCAAUCUAUACCGAAGCCAAUCAUUUGAAGAGCCUUGUCAAUCCUUUGAAGGAAGUCAACUUACACUACAUUAUCUACCGUGGUGAAGCUAAUCCUGAAGACAUUGAAGCACUAAAGCAAUCUCGCUCAGACAUUAAGUUAAUCUCCUAUGAGGAACUUGAGUCUGCUUCGGAACCUGCUGCUCCUGAACCUCCUUCCCCUGAAGACCUUUGUUGUACUAUGUAUACUUCUGGUAGUACUGGCCUCCCUAAGGGUGUAUUGUUGACACAUAAAAACAUGGUAGCUUUGGUAACAGGUGUCUGCAAGGUCAUUCCAGAAGUUACUUCUCGAGACUAUCUUUUGGCAUAUCUUCCAUUGGCACACAUUCUAGAGUUUGCGUUUGAAAAUUUAUGCUUGGCUUGGGGUGGUACCAUUGGCUAUGCCGGUGUUCGUACCCUGACGGAUGCGAGCUGCAGAAACUGUCAUGGUGAUAUACUUUCUUUCAAACCUACGAUUAUGGUGGGAGUCCCUGCAGUUUGGGAGAUGGUCCGUAAGGGUAUAACCAGCAAGUUGGGUGCUGCUUCCUCUGUCAAGAGGUCUGUUUUCUGGGCUGCUUACCACGCCAAGAUUCGUAUGAUGCGCCAUGGAAUUCCUGGCAGUUCUUUCUUUGAUGCCGCUGUCUUUAAUAAAAUCCGCAGUGCCGGUACUGGUGGUCGCUUACGUUACGUGUUGUCGGGUGGUUCAGCCUUGUCUCCCGAUACAAAGCAAUUUUUGAGUGUCGUUCUUUGCCCAGUUUUGAUCGGAUAUGGUUUGACCGAGGUUAGUGCCGCUGCAAUGAUCGAAACGCCUUCUACCUUCAACAUUGAUGACUCUGCCGGUGUCAUUUUACCUUGCACGGAACUGAAAUUAAUUGAUUGUGAAGAAGGUUCUUACUAUACAAACUCCAAUCCUCCUCGUGGUGAGAUUUUACUUCGUGGACCUUCUUUGACACAGGGUUACUUGAAUCGUAAGCAAGAAAAUAAGGAGAGUUUCAGCGAGGACGGCUGGUUCAUGACGGGUGAUGUUGGAGAAUUGACUCCUCAUGGAUUAUUAAGAAUUAUCGACCGUAAAAAGAAUCUUGUCAAGACCCAAAACGGUGAAUAUAUUGCCUUGGAGAAGUUGGAAUCUCGAUACCGUUCGAGCUCUCUUGUUGCUAACAUUUGCGUCUACGCUGACCAAUCGAAGGUCAAACCUAUUGCCGUUAUUGUGCCUAACGAAGCCGCUGUUCACAAGUUGGCCGUGGAAAAAGCAGGCGUUGACGACAGCACCUCUUGGGAGAGUGUUUGUAAAAACAAGAAGGUGCGUCAUAUGGUUCUGGAAGAUCUUUUGAAAAUUGGACGUUCUCAUCGUUUUUCCAACAUUGAACUUCUUCAAAACGUCGUCCUUGUUCCUAUUGAAUUUACUUCAGAAAAUGGUUUGGUUACAGCUGCUCAAAAGCUUCAACGUCGUAAAAUCGUAGAACACUUCAGCAAGGAUGUUAAUGAAGCGUAUGCUGAGUAA